AUGGCAUCGCAACAAUCCCAGAAUACCAUCAGCGACAUGAACAUGGCUUCAGCAACAACAGUCGGAUUCACCCACUCACAGGCUGUCAACCAAGCUCCCUCCUCCGAUAGCAGGCAAAAACAGACAGAUGCCCAACCGAAAACACAGACACAGACAUAUCCACAAGCUUCUGAAGACUAUUACCCCCACAAAAUACAUGGUCUGGGCGGGCCAGCAGCAACAAAACCCUUCCUACAAGAUUUUUCCCUUGUCGCCGAAGCAGCGAAACGAGCUGAGAUGUCGGUCAUCAUGCGUGAUAUGGAGGGUAUUUCAUUAUAG